CGUUACUAUUAGUUAGACCAAUAAUAAGCUCUUUCUCUCUCAUCAGUUCAAAUGGAAUCAAAAUGAAGCUUGGAUCGAUCAUAAGUUUGAUCAGAAAAACUCCUGAAUUAAUUAUCCUAAUCUCUUCCUUCUCCAGCUGAGCUACUUGCUCUUUCGGUUUCUGCUUGGAUUUAAUGAAUAUGAGGAGGUGCAUGACUCGUUCAUCGUAUGCCUCUCCUGCGAUCCUGUGUUGAUGUGGAUUUUGGAUUGAAACUUUAAUUGGGAAGAUUGAGAGACCGACAGAUUAGGCGACGAGACAAGCGAUUAUAUAAGGUUGUAAAAUGAGCGAGGGACAGAGAUUUCAGUUGGGAACUGUUGGUGCACUAAGUCUGUCUGUCGUCUCAUCUGUGUCCAUCGUGAUUUGCAACAAGGCGCUGAUUAGCACUCUUGGUUUCAUGUUUGCUACAACAUUAACAAGUUGGCAUCUUUUAGUCACUUUCUGUUCUCUUCACUUUUCUCUAUGGAUGAAAUUGUUUGAGCACAAGCCUUUUGAUCCUAGAGCUGUGAUGGGAUUUGGCAUAUUGAAUGGCACUUCUAUUGGGCUUCUGAAUCUUAGUCUUGGUUUUAACUCCGUUGGCUUCUACCAGAUGACAAAGCUGGCAAUUAUACCCUGUACAGUACUUCUAGAGACUCUUUUCUUCAGGAAAAAGUUCAGCCAAAAUGUCCAGCUUUCGCUUACAGUCCUUCUUUUGGGUGUUGGUAUUGCAACUGUUACUGAUCUGCAGCUCAAUGCCACGGGAUCUGUCUUGUCUCUUCUUGCGGUUAUCACGACUUGCAUAGCCCAGAUUAUGACAAACACAAUCCAGAAGAAAUUCAAAGUAUCUUCAACACAGCUUCUAUACCAAUCAUGUCCUUAUCAGGCAAUGACUUUAUUCAUUAGUGGCCCAUUUGUGGAUGGACUGUUAACAAAUAAAAAUGUGUUUGCGUUCAAAUAUACCCCUCAAGUUCUGGCAUUCAUCGUGCUAUCAUGCUUGAUAUCUGUAUCAGUGAAUUUCAGUACCUUCCUGGUGAUAGGAAAGACAUCGCCUGUGACAUAUCAGGUGUUGGGACACCUUAAAACAUGCCUAGUUUUAGGAUUUGGGUAUGUGCUUCUCCAUGAACCAUUUAGUUGGCGAAACAUUCUAGGCAUAUUGGUUGCAGUUGUAGGCAUGGUUCUCUAUUCAUACUAUUGCACCCUUGAGACCACCCAGCAAAAAACUAUUAUUGAAGAGCUAACCCAGGUAGGUACAUUUAAACAAAAAAAUCUCAAUUGAAAAGGGGUUGAUGUAUAUAUUAUAAACAAACUUGUCCUAUAUGUUGUUGAAUUAUUGAAGGAGGGGGAAUCAGAUUCACUCUUAAUCGUGGAAAGUGGAGCUAGCAUAUUAUUAGCAGAUGGCAAUGUGGGUACAAAAGGCCCUUCUUGGAGCUCAAACAAGGACCUCCAUGCCUGAGCCUUGUCCUAUCCAUAUAUAUACUUAUCGAGAUGCAUCUGAAAUAUAAGCUGAUGGAGAGCCAUUCAGAGGUGAGGAUGAUAUCCCCAUGACUUUACAGAGAAAGUCGAUGGGAAGGAAGGUAUGUCUGCAAUUUACGUAUUAGCUGUUUGUGCCAAUACAAAGGAAUGAGGGUAAUUUUUUUUUUUAAUUUGCGGGGAAUAUAUAUAUAUACUCAAUAUUGUUGAGGUUGUAAAUUCAUAUUUGUUAUUUUGAUAUUCAAUUUAGGUUGAAUGAGA